GCUGAAUUUGCGAUCUUGAAAAGACGGGCGAGGGAUGAAGGCGUCCGAGGCCAUCGACCGCGUCUUCUUUGAGAAGAAGUUCAGCGCGACCAAGUACAUGCUGCGCUACAUCGUCUCGGCGCCAGACGACACCCGCGCCGAGCAGCUGCGCACGGUCUCGCACUACCGCGAGCUCGCGGACCAAGAGAUUGCUGGCGUCGUUGACGCCAACUACACCAACUUUAACGCGAGCCUCGGCAAGUUUGCCGGGAUUGCGCACCAGCUACAAGGCGCACGCGCGGGGCUGCUCGAGGUCGAAAAGCGCAGCAUGGAGGGCAAGGCCAUCUUGACCGCCAAAACCAAGAACCUCCAUGACCUCCUCUCGCAAACGUACGAGGCCAAAAAGGUCAUCGACCUCAUCCAAGACAUCGAGUACAUUGAGAAAGCGCCGGCCAAGAUCCAAGCCGCGCUGGACGCGGGCCUCGCAGGCCAGGCCGUCGACGUCUACCUCCGCGCCUUUGGCCUCGUCUUUAGCGAGAAGCUCGUCGUCUUUAGUGCCGUUGCGACCAUGCGUCAUGCCCUCCUCGAGUGCAAGCAAACGAUUGAAGACUACUUGGUCGCAGCAAUCGAGGCAGGCGUCUACCUCGAGGUUGUCUGGAUCAAGCACGCGAAAUCGUCGUCGGCAUCGCUCAGCACCUUUCGCGCGCUGUCGUCAUCGGCGCCGGCGCCGCCGCUGGCCGACCUCGCGCGCUGUGUCCAGCGGCUAUCGCGCGAAGUCGAAGUCAUUGGUACGCUCAAGGCCUCUCUCGAGCCGCGGCUCGAGGCGCUCAUCGAACGGAUCGGCUCCAUCUGCCGCGCGUCACUGGCAACAGCGGACGCAAACGAGCGGUUUGGCCGCUCGCCGCUCGCCAGUACCUUUCAAGCGUGCUUGCAGACAGUGCUAUGCGCGGUCUCGACAUGCCUCGGUCACCACGCCACGUUGGCAGCCACGUUGGCGCCGUAUCCGCUCGACGAGAUCGUGCACAAGGCCUUCCACGUGCUCGAGGAGUGGCUCGUGCAACAUCUAAGCGACCCCGAGCCAGUGACACAUGUGCCAACGUCCCCGAUGGCUGGCGCUGCGACCAACGUUGGUCUCUUCCGUUUCUUUCCAGCAGAGACGAUGACGACGACGACGCAUCCGAGCGACAACCAAGUGGCUCAUGACGCGGCGCCGUCCUCGCUCGUGUGCCCCCCGAGCCUCUUUUACGUACCCCACAUCUUCCCCGACGUCCUCGCCUUCUCCACGCACGUCGCCGCGCUCAGCAAGAGCGUCUCGUUCCUCGACGUGUUUUGGCGGCCGUUCGUCGUGCGCAUUUGGCUACCCAAGCUCCAGGCCAAAGCCUCGGCGGUGAUUGCGACACCGUCGCGCGCCGGCGACUCGGAGUUUACCUUGCCCAUGCCCAUGGACACCAUGUAUGCGGUGCCCAACGUCCACGCGUUGGUGCUUGUCGUACGUGAGCUCUUCGCCAUGCUGAGAUCGCUCUUGCCCGUGGCGCAAGAGCUUAUCGGUGUCGUCGACGCGACGGCCCGGCGGUUUGCCGAAGAUUGUGCAACGAUCGUUCGCAAAAUCUGCGACGGGUCGCUCAACCAGGUCGAGAUGAGCAUUGGCGCAAGCGAGCUCGGUCGGUUGCUCCACCAGACGCCCUUGUUUGCGGCUGCCAAGGGCAACGUGCCGUACCAGUCGCUCGCCAAGAUUGCGCCUUCGGACGCGGCCACCCCACUUCCGUCUUCAGACGUCAAGGUCACGCCGCGCGACGAGCUCCAUGCCAAGGAGCUCGAAUUAGAGACCAAGUUUUUGGAUCUGGACUUUUGGACGCGGCCAGGGACCGUCAAGUCGCUCGUGCAGGACCCGAGCAAGCUCGCGUUGCUAGCGUACUUGAGUAGCUGCUGCGAUUUCGUAUCGCUUCUCCUCGACAAGCACAUCCAGACGAGCGAGUACAGCAACCUCAACGACGACCACCUCGUCGCAACGCUCAAGGCGACGAGCUGGCGCUGCAGCAGUUUGGCCGACGAGUGCCUCUUUUUCCUACGCCGGGAACUGCACUUGACGUGCUACUACCAUCUGACCCAAGUGGUUGGCGUCACCAUGGACGGGCCCGAGGGCACGUCGUGUGCGCCGGCAGAGAGCGUUCUCGGCCUCGCUGCCAAGCUCUUGAGCUAUGAAGAGACGUGCUUGGAGCCGUAUUUAAGCAAGCACAAGGUCGCGCUCGUCCUCGACGGGCUCGACUCGCUCGUGUGCCACAUCCUCACGCACCUCUUGUCUAAACUUUCAAAGUUGUCGGUCGGCGGCGUCGCCCAAAUGCACUGCAAUGUCAACUCGCUCCAGCAGUCGCUCACGAGUCUCUUCUACAAGUACCCGAGCGUGCGUCGCGAUGCGUUUUACUUUCAACGCGUCAAACGGUACUAUGCACUCGCGUUGCUCUCGGAGACGGACCUCGAGAUGUUUCUCAUGGAAAAUCGCAAGGCGUUCGCCCCCGACCUUCUCCGCGCGAUUUGGCGCGUCGACGUGCCGACGCGACCGAUCACGAAAGCCAGUGUCAACAAACUCGAUAGUCUGCUUCGAUAA